CUCAAUUUUAUCUCUCUUUAACAUUCAUCCUGAUCGUCUUUCGAUCUUUCAUUUAUCAACUUCGUUAAAUUACAUUGUGCGGUGUUUAUAAUAACAAUCAUCAAUUGAUUCAACUAUGGUUACUAUUGGUUACCAACCAGUCUUAUGUACAAUAUUUCAUUAUUCUGGUUUUCAAUAAUACUGAGAGUAAAAUUGUUCCACAUUCUGUUUUGAUAAUCUUUCUCCUUCUGUCUCUCUUUUUGCCUCUCUGUUUCUUUCUCUCUCCCUCACUUUAUUUCUUACUCAUACUGAUCUAUCCAUACUCUCUUCCUCUUUACCUCUGCCUCUUCACCAUCAUUCUCAUCUUCUUCUUCCAAUAUCUACCUUUCACAACCACCUAUUCAUGCUACCUUUUUCUUAGGUACUUUUUUAUUGCAAUCACAUUUUUGAACGGAAACCCAAAGUGAAUUUCAUUUCUACUUUAUUUCCCCGUUUCAUUCUGUGAUUUCGCGUGUCAGUGUCCAAUUGGUAGUUUACCCAGAAGAUGAAUCUAGACCCCGAGGAGAGGCGUGAUUAUGUUUACAAUCAACUUGACGAGUAUGGCCGUUUGUAUAUGAACUGUUUGGAGCUAUUUGUUCAUAAACUUUGGUGCCGCCAGAAGAUGCUUUUUCGUAAUAAUAAAAUUUAUGAAGAAAAAUUGGCUACCAUCAGUGAAGUUAUCGGAGCUCUAACCUCAUCUGAUCAGAUUGUUGCUGCCAAUAAAAAUGAAUCAGAAAGAUUGGAGAGUACAAUUCACAAAAUCAAUCAAAUUGUCUACAUACCUCCUCCUCUUGAUCGAAAUGGUCUUGCCCUGGUCAAUGAUUUACUUGUAAAAGAAACUACGGACAAUUUUGCAAAAUUCAAUGAGCCUUCUUAUUCAGGUUCUCUUUGUGAAUUAUCCACAGAAGAAGGACCAUUAAAUUUAAAUCUAUCCUCGUGCAAUCAAGCUAAAACAAAUCGUUCCGCAGGAGUCAUCAAGGGAUCAUCUUCCUCGAUGUUAACUAACAACAUUCCAAGUGUUUCAAUACCCCUGGCAACAAAUCAGCAUUCUUAUUCUAAUCAAAAUAGUACCUCAUCACCAUCUGCAGCACCAGUAGUUUCCUUAUCAUCUUCAUCAACUUCAUCUUCAACAACCCCAUCCGUUAUCAAGACCAACACCUCAUCUUCACAUCACCACCACCAUCACCUCCAUCAUCAUCAAAGUAAUGGCAACGAUGGUAGUGAUAAGUGUUCUUCUAACUGUAAGCGAAAAAUAGAGACAGAAAAUGAUAUGAAUAAUCAUCAUCUAAUGCGAUUCAAAAUGGGACGUGAUCUUGAGCUUCACCCUGAAGAUGAUUCAUACGUCGAGGAACAGAUAACCGCUGAUAGCUAUGAAAUUGAAGAAGAUGAAGAUGACGAUGAAGAAGAAGAAAUUGAGGUUGAUCUGUCCGGCAACUCAAUACAGUCGUAUCUCAACAAUCGUGAGCCUAUUGGUGCCUCUGUGAAAGACCUUUCACACCAACGAAGCUCGGUUUUGAGAAGAUUUAGACGUCCAAUCGUAGACAGUGAAAUAGUUAAAUGUUGUAUACAAAUGGGAUGUAGAUACUUGGAACGCCAAAAUGCGAAUCACAUGCGUAAACAUUAUCGCUCAUGGCAUAAUGAUAUAGCUUACCCAAAGAAUCCAUACGUUAAAGUAGACAUGACAGCAGAGGCAAUCACCGAGCAUUUGGAAGCCUGGAUGUUGCAACGUAAAAAUCGCCAGCAGAGAGCAACGCUGAAAAAUAGUGAAGUUUUAUGAAAAAAAAUGAAGAUAAUUACGAGUAAAUCUUUUCCUCAAGCUGGAAUAGACAAAAAUGGCAGACAAAAGUAGGCCAAGUUCAACUUGGAUAUUUAUGCUUCAAUCUCAAGCAUUGAAAAUGUCGAGCCAACAGUCAAGGCAAGAGAGAAUGAGCUGUAAAAAGGAAGUAAAGUGCUUUACUGGACACUCGUGGGUGAUACUUAUUAGCUGGGUAUUAUCAUACACUAAACACUACUCAUGACAUAAAAUUUGACAACACCAUGAUCAUCAUCGCCACACACACUAAAUACACAUUUGCACAUCAUUUUUUUUCUUCUUUGACUCAAAUUUUGUCACCCAACUUUACAAUUCCAAGAAGCAAAUCAUCUAUAUCAAAGUCAAUUUACCGCGCCAAUGUGACACUGAAUACAAUAUUGUUUUUUUUCUUAGAAUUAUUAAUCAAAUAAGCUUUUUGUUGGAUUGAUCAACUGAUUGUAAGCCAUCAAAAGGAAAAGAAACAAAGACAUACCUUAAUGAGUGCAAUGCCCAUUUUAAAAGUGAAAACUGUUAAUUUCACUUACAGGGUGCUAAGAAAGAUUCUAGAGAGGGAAAGCAAUCCCCAUCAAUGCGCAGAUAUAAUUCGUUUUUUGUAAUUUAUUAGUUCAAUAUGAUUUUAUUAUCAUGUUUAUUUGAAGUAACCGCCUCAUUUUCAAGCAACAUUCCAAAUCCAACACCAAGAAACUUUCUCAAUGCCCUGUACCUUGAAUAGAAAUGAAUUCCUAUCAACUAAGUCUUGAAAUGUGUUCGCUUUUUCACAGAUUUUAUCUUAAAAAUUUCAAAACAAGACAACAAUUUGAGAUAUUGGAUUUAAGACAAAGAGAUAUUAACGAUAUAAUGAUGCAAUAUUAUAUUGUAAAUAAUCUUGAUAAUAACUAAAUAACGUAGUUAAAAGCUUACACUCAGUCAAUUCAACUGCAAAGUAACAUUAAAUUGAUUGCUAUGAUCUCGUUUCUGUGUAUAUAAUCGUAUUACUAGAUACGAUCAAAUCGUUUCUUGGAAGAUGUGAGAUUCAAAGAAACUUUUGGUAAAGAUACAAAAACAAGAUUUAUUUAAAUAUUAUUGAAUUUCAUCAAAUUGUAUUACCUGACAUUAAUAUUAAUUCAAAUAAGAAUUACAAUUUGACCAAUCA